CAGAAGAAGAUUAUUAAAUAGAAAUUUUAAUAAAUGCUCUCAAAUAGCGGUCAUAAAGUAUAUUUAUUAAUCAGAUGUUUAAAAAAAUUGUAUAAAUUACACAAUUCUAUCUUUAAAUUAAUCUUUUAUGGCGCAAACCUCUACAAAAGGUGCAAUUCAUUCCCCGCGAUAGCUGAAUAAGUGUUGGAAAACACAUACGUGGUAUUUUUUUUGGUAUAAUUCAUGUAACUCACGAACGGUAACAUUACGGCGCUGUUGGAACCACAACAACAUGGAAACCAUUAAUCCGACAUACUCGUACCUGACCAACCUGGAGGUGAUGAAGAUCCUCCAGAAGAUCAAGAGCACCAAAAAGAAGUUCGGCAUGCGGAACUUGGCCACUGUAACCUACGAGGCGCUGCAAUACCUGGAGGACUCGCCGUGCAAAACCCAGACCCGGGAAUCCAUUAUAAACUACGUGAAGGAUCUCUCUAGCUACCGAUUGAAGUCUCACGAGAUUCUGCAAAUGGUCAACGAUCCGCCGACCAGUGCUCUCCACACGCAGCUGCUCAUUGACGACAACAAGGUGCCCUUGACGGACGAAGAGAACGAGAAGAUCAUCCAGCUGAGCUACAAACACUUCCAUAGCGGAGCCGACAAUAAGGAGGCCAAGGAAGCCAAAGAAGCUGCUCCGGCAGGCAAGGAAGCUGCAACAGAAGCAACGAGCAAAGCUCCAAAGGCACCAGCAGCUAAGAAGCAAUCCACUCCGGCGGAACAGCCCAUGGAGGUGGAUAGCAAAGAGACUACGGAAGCACCCCCACAAGAAUGACACCGACUGGGGUUUAGUCGUUCAACGUUUUUUUUUAAUUUAUUUUCCUGUUGAUGUAGCGUACAAAAUAAGCUAAACAAUAGUAAAUUAUAUUUAAGAGAAGUUGUUAACGCUUUUGAUCCCCCAAGUCCUCGAUGACGUCCUCGUCGAUUUCGGACCACUUGUCGGGAAUAACGUCGAAGAGGUCAUCCUUGACAUCGCCCUGGAUGACGAUCUCGUCCUCGCCGGUAACUGAUGAUCCGCAGGCGAACUUUGUGCCAAAGAAUUUGGCUGCCACUUUGAGAUCAAUGUCUGCAAGAUAUAUUUUAUGAAAUAUUAGGCACAACAAUAAAAUAAUAUAAAAAUAUA